AUGAGCGACGUUCUCAAGUUUGCAAAGGCUUCAUUCCUUUCGGGAGCCACCGACGCGACAUCGCAAGGGCUCAGCGAUCUUCUUGAACGCAGCGCACCAGGCUUUUCAGCUUUACAAAAGUUCUUCUCCAGAUGGUUUAGGCUUGAUUUGACGACAAUCGUCCUUCUGAUCUCUUUCAGCGGUGACAUUCCCAAUGCUCUAAACGGCAUCCAGAAGUUGUGGACUCAAAUCUACUGGUGGAUCACGCGCUUCUUCACAGCUUCUAUAUCCAUAGCGAGCAAUGACAAGCUCAACAGAGAGGUUCUGAACUGGCUUGGGGCGCAUGUCCUCACUCGCCAAGGCACUCGUGUGCUUACGGCUAAGACCGAGAUCAUUCAAAAUGACGCCUGGUAUUACCGAAAGCCGAUUGAACGCGACGAUCUUCAUCACGAGAAGCGAGUUCCGGUCCAGUAUUUGCCAACAUUCGGCACCACCUGGUUCUACUACGAGGGCGGCUUCUUCAUGAUUCGCCGAAUCCCCUUGCGGAGUCCCGGCGCCCAUUUUGGUAUCCCUGAUGAGUACUCUGCCGCUCCCCAGGGCGAUGAGCCACUCGUUGUAAUGCGCCUCGGGCGGUCAAUAAAGGCGAUCAAAGAGUUCCUCGACAAUUGCAGAAACUUUGCAGAUAGACAGCGAGAGUCUUUCAUCACCGUUCGGACAACCAAGAACCAAUACGGCCAAGAGGCAUGGGACACCACCAUUCUGCGCCCGAUCAGGCCAUUGGAAACAGUCCACUUUGAUGAGCAGACCAAAAAAGACCUGGUCAGCGACAUCGAGACGUACUUGGACCCUGCAACAAGAAACUUCUACACGGAACGAGGCAUUCCAUACAGGAGAGGAUUCCUUUUGUACGGCCCACCUGGUACCGGCAAGACAUCUCUUUCCCUUGCUCUUGCGAGCUACUUCAACCUGGAGCUUUACUUAGUUCACAUACCGAGCAUUAGAGGCGACGGUGACUUGGAGAAUCUUUUCACAGCGCUACCGCCCAAGUGCAUUGUGCUCUUGGAGGAUAUCGAUGCCGUGGGCAUAGAGCGUCGUAAAAAGCUUGACAUGGACAUAGACUCUGGUGAUGAAUCUUCAAGCGACAGCAGCGAAAGAGAUUUUGGUCGUUGCCAAUGCACCUUGUCCGGCCUACUCAACGUCAUGGAUGGAGUCGCGUCACAGGAAGGUCGCAUAGUAUUGAUGACAUCGAAUGUAGCCCAUAAGCUUGACAAGGCGCUUGUCCGACCCGGUCGCAUCGACCGGAUGAUAUAUCUGGGCAAUAUCUCACAUCACAGCGCCAAGAGCAUGUUUGAGCGGAUGUAUCGGCCACACACUUCAGGGGUGCCAACUCUCUCCAAGACGGAAGCUGAUGCCACUUUGAUGCAACAUCAAGAGCAGGAGUUUGACAACUUGGCAGAAGACUUUAGCAAGCAGAUACCAGACGAUAUCUUCACACCGGCGCAACUGCAAGGUUUUCUUCUAAAGUAUCGAGGCACACCGAAAACUGCUGUCGAACGUAUUGCAGAAUGGGUUAUUGAGGAAAAAGCCAUUAUGGAUGAAGGACAGAGACGCAAGAAGGAGGAGGCCGCGAGAAAGGCCAGGAAGAAGAAGGCAUUAAAAUUGAAGGCGCUUAAAGCUCUCGCCUCCACAAACGAUGCCGAGUCUUCCGAUGAGGCCGCGGAGGUCGUGAAGGACAAGAAUGUGCGCAAGGAGAUCACAGAUACGAACGCAUUGAACGGAGUUGAGGAGUCGCAGGCCGCAUAG